CCUCCCAUUCUCCAUCCUGCUCGCCAGGCCUAGCGCGGAGGCUGAGGGCCAUACUCUGGAUCUGCUGCUGCUCCAGUCUCCAUGACAACCAGAGCUUUGGAGGAUUUGGAUGGAGGACUGGGCAGCUGCCUGGUCAGCGACGACCUCUCUGCGCUGUUGGAGCCUUGCCCAGGCCGACCACGGGAAAACAAGGCUCGAGCGUCAGCCAGGCUGGCAGACUCCAGCAGCUGGCCCCAUGACCCUCAAGAACUGGCUGCAGCUGGUGGUGUGGAGGCCAGGCCCAAAAAGAUGGAAAAGGAGUCUGUAGCUGGUGAGGGCCCAGGACCAGGAAAGGAGACAACAAAAACUGGAGCAAGCCCCCGCAGUGGCCCCCCACGCAAGAAAUCACAGACUGCACCACCCUUGCCGCCACCGCCACCACCCCCGGUCCUGAGCGAGGAGCUGCCCUGGGGAGAUCUGUCACUCAACAAGGUCCUGGUACUGGCCUCCCUGGUGGCUCUGCUGGGCUCGGCUUUCCAGCUGUGCCGAGACGCUGUGGUUGGAGAAGCUGCGGUUCCAGCACCUGUGCAGGAGCCGUGGAUCCCGCCCAGCUCACCGCCCCCAAAGCCAGUGUUGCCCCGGCCUAAGCCUGCAGCCGGGGCGCUGCCAUCAGAACCGUCUGCGCCCCAACCCGAGCCCCACGCGCCCCAGGUGGAAGCGGAGGACAAGCCCAGGGCUCCCCAGGCUUCAGAGGACAGCCAGGUGGAGCUUGGGGAGACCCCUGGGGAGGAGCCAACGCCCCUCGGCCACCGAGGGCCUGGAAAGGAGGAGAAGCUGAGGAAGGAAGAACGACCGAGGAAGGAGAAGCCACGGAAAGAGGAGAAGCCGCGAAGAGAGAGACCUCGGAAGGAAGAGAGGCCACGCAGAGAGAAGCCACGGAAGGAAGAGAGGCCCCGAGCCUUCAGGGAGCCCCGGGAAGCCCUGCCCCGGCGCUGGGAGCCCCGGGAAGGGGGGCGCCGGCCGUGGACUCGGGACUCCAGGGACCCCACUCACAGGAAGAGACCCCCCUGGGCCUCCCCGCACCACCGCCACGAGGAAGACCCACAGAAGCAUCGCAAGGGUAAGGGGCGAGGCUGAGCCCAGGUCCCAAGCCUGAACCCCAGGACCCUGCUGUGGCUCCCACAAAAUACAUAUCUGUGACACACGCACAUUUUGCUCCAGCUAAAUAAAGCAAGUGCUGCUGCCCGGUA